AAAAAUAAUUGUCAGAUACACGCACGCAAGUAUUCGCGAUGUCAGUACGGCUGGGCUACUCGCACUCAGUUGCAUAUUUUGCGUUCUAAAUAAACCAAGGGGUUUAUCAAUACACAAAUCACGUAUUUAAAGCAACGAGGUGACGGUGAAUACUAGACAUACAUUGUGUGAGAUUUUGUAGUACUACCUUGUGCAAACGUUUUUCUACAGGUAGAUGAUCAACGUGAUCGUUCUAAAGCCAAAUCCGACACGGCCUUAUAUAAGCAAUAACCAAAUCGACAAGCCGAGAAAGUGCUAAGGGUGUUGCGCGCAUGCCUGAGGACUGACAAAUAUUUUUGUUGUGAAACAUCAUUGAAUCGCGAAUAGAGGAAACGAAUUUGCAAAGUUAUUAAGACGCAAAGCAAAGAAAUGAAGGAAGUAUAAGUUUUGGUUUUGAUUUGACUCUUAAUAGUUGUUUUGAGAUUGAUACAAAAGUUGUUCAGCUCCAAGAAGUGAAGUAAAAUGUCCAAAAAGUUACCCGUUCGCACACUGAGCGAACUGACGCUGGCAGAGAUGGCCGGUACGAUCGUUGGCUCGAUCGGAACCAUGGUACAGACGAGCCUUGCGUUUGGUAUUCCACCCGACUACACGCUGUUGAUGGUUGAGAUCAACUCCUAUAUGGACAACAUGGGAGCUACAAGCAACAUCUACGAGGAUCUGCUGCGCGUUAUCCUUUGUUCCGACUCGCUUGACGCUUCGAUGCGCUUCUGCUGCCUGCAGAUGCUGCUGAACGAAGGCGUACAGUGUCUGGUAACGGAUAUCUUCCCCCUAGCCUACUACGAGCGCAUACUGCAGGUGAUUGCUGCGCAAGGUCGUGGUCUGCGCCAGCUAAACAUGAAAGGAGUGUGGGUGAAGGAGGAGUGCAUGUGUUUCAUGUUUGAGAUUGUGAAGCGUUUACCGCACCUUACCAGACUGACCAUCCCGCACAUCGCGAACGAUAAUCUGCUGAAGCAUAUCGCCGACUACAGCCGCUGUAUGAGACAGUUGGACAUUAGCGGCGAAACGGACAUAACGGAGAUUGGCAUCGAGUAUCUGUGUUACGGCGAGUGCCGAAACCAUCUCACCGUUGUGGAUAUUGGUUCGCUCGGGGAAGAAAAUAUAUGCCACACCGAUGUGGCCUUGCUACUCCAGAACCUGCCAAACCUGGCUACGCUGAAGUCAUACUCGUUCGUUGGUCGUAGCCUGCAGUACAUUGUCGAGAAGAAGGAUGCCAACUUCAAGUGUCGGUUGGUGUACGUACACGACAUGGAAACGGACGCCACAACACUGGAUGCAAUAGUACGUACCUGCCCACGGCUGGAGGACAUCUAUCUCGAUUCGCCCGAGGCAGGCAUACUGGAGAAGCUGUGUUCGGUGAAACUACGCCGCUUGAAGCUGUACAAGUUCAGUGCCUACGAAUUGCUGGGGCUGGCGGAGCACAAUGGCAAAUCGCUGUACCAUGUGACCGUAAUCAAGGGGUAUGGUCCACUCGAGAUCGAUCGGCUUGUGCGCUCCUGUCCGAAUCUGAUCGAUCUCGACUUCUACAUGAUGGAUUCGCUGACGUUUGCGGGCGACAGCAGUUUCACCAAUCUGCAAGGGUUGGAAAUUUUGAGCAGUCCGAUACAGAAGCCAAGCCUGCGUCGUUUCAUUUGUCAUACGACGACGCUACGUCGGCUGGCGGUGGAUGCAGUCACCUUUUCCGAUGAGGACAUCAGCUCGAUGGUGAUUGAGCACGAUUUCUAUCAGCUGGAGGAUGUUUGGUUCACAUCGGCCCCAUAUCUAUCGAUUGCUUCUGUAGAGAUUCUGAUGGAUCGCUGCCCAGAGCUGCAGAGCGUUGGUCAACUGAGCGGAUGGGCAUUGACGCCCGAUGACGUGACGUUACUUCGCGGGAUACUGAAAAGCUGCAACUCCUCUCUGGUGCUGAACACGUACCAGCCCCGAAGGAAAGCUAGACACCCCGUAUCGUGGAUCGUAAUGCGACGCGACUGAUCGUUGUACCGGUUAAGCAAAUAAAGUUCCAUCUGUACCGUGUACUCGAAUGCAAAACGCGCUCUCUGGGGUCGGUUUCCCCGCUUGCUCACAUUUCUCAUGGGGAUGUUCUUUUUUCUCACUUUCCAAUUUUUCCAGAUAAUACAAUCACUUUGACGGCGUACCAAGGGCAUUAUUUGCUUUGCAGAACGGCACAUUAGGAGUUUACGAGCGUUGUGAUUUCAAUGCGAGUGUUCGGAACUUGGUUGAGUUAUUUUUCGUUUUGUUGUUUUGGAUACAUCUCAGUGAAGCACAACUCACUCGUCCCAAAAAAGAAAACAUGAAUUGGUGAACAGAAACAUUAAAAAAACAAUAAACAUCCUACCACACGUGUC